AUGACCAAUGGCCAUAGGGGCGAUAACAACCGGGACGAACUUGUCUUAAGCUUCAUCAUGAGUGCAAUAGUCAAUACAGCCGCUGUCAUAGGCGGUGCAGUGACUGCUGCAACCAGCAAUAGCUGGUUCAUACCAAUGCUGGUGGCUGCCAUAGCCUAUUUUCAAUAUGAAGAAAUUAUGGAUCCUGAAUCGAGGCCCAUAGACACGGAUAGCGAUGAAAUACGUGAUCAUUAUGAUUUUAUAGUAAUAGGUGCGGGGUCGGCAGGGGCAGUGGUGGCCAAUCGUUUAACGGAGGUGGAAAAUUGGAGUGUUUUAUUGCUGGAGGCAGGUGGAGAUGAGACCGAGAUAUCGGAUGUACCGCUAAUGGCAGGUUACUUGCAGUUAAGUAAAAUGGAUUGGAAAUAUAAGACAGAGCCCUCGGGUACCACAUGUUUGGCCAUGUCUGGGGGUCGCUGCAAUUGGCCCAGAGGCAAGGUAUUGGGUGGCUCCAGUGUCCUAAACUACAUGUUAUAUCUGCGUGGCAGCAAAAAUGAUUAUGACACCUGGGAAACUUUGGGCAAUCCUGGCUGGGGCUAUCGCGAUGCCUUGUACUACUUCAAAAAAUCUGAGGAUAAUACCAAUCCAUAUUUGGCCAGCACUCCCUAUCACUCUACCGGGGGAUAUCUAACAGUGGGCGAGGCACCUUUCCACACACCCUUGGCGGCCAGCUUUGUAGAGGCUGGGGUGGAAAUGGGCUAUGAAAAUCGUGAUUUGAAUGGUGAAAAACAAGCAGGCUUCAUGAUAGCCCAGGGCACCACACGCAGAGGCAGUCGUUGCAGCACAGCCAAAGCUUUUCUACGGCCUGCCCGUUUGAGACCCAAUUUGCAUAUCUCCAUGAAUUCUCAUGUAACGCGCAUCAUGAUUGACCCUGUUAGCAAAUUGGCUUUUGGUGUGGAGUUUGUUAAGGAGCAGAAAAUGUAUCAUGUAAGGGCCAAGAAGGAGGUUAUACUCUCCGGAGGCUCUGUUAACUCACCCCAAUUGUUGAUGUUAUCGGGCAUAGGGCCACGCAAGGAAUUGGGCAAACAUCGCAUACCUUUGAUCAAGGAAUUGAAUGUGGGAGAAAAUUUACAGGACCACAUAGGAUUGGGUGGCCUUACAUUUUUGGUAAAUCAACCGGUGUCUAUAGUGGAGAGCCGUUUCCAUUCCAUGUCCACGGUUUUGCAAUACGCUGUGCUGGGUCAAGGCCCUCUGACCAUCUUGGGAGGCGUUGAGGGUCUGGCUUUUGUGAAUACCAAAUUUGCCAAUGCUUCCAUAGAUUGGCCGGACAUAGAAUUUCACUUUGUCUCUGGCUCUACAAACUCGGAUGGGGGCAAUCAAUUGCGCAAGGCCCAUGGACUCACAGAUGGCUUUUAUCGUGCAGUCUUUGAGAAAAUCAACAAUCAUGAUGUGUGGAGCAUUAUUCCCAUGUUAUUAAGGCCUCGCAGCAAGGGCUUCAUCAAGCUGAGAUCAGGAAAUCCCUUCGACUAUCCCUACAUCAUACCCAACUAUUUGAGCGACGAAUUUGAUACCAAGACCCUGAUUGAGGGUGUGAAAAUUGCGGUGGCCCUUUCGCGCACCAAGGCCAUGCAGCGAUUUGGUUCGCGACUAUCGGCAGUCAAAUGGCCAGGUUGCCAACAUUUGCAAAUGUUCACUGACCCCUAUUGGGAGUGCAUGAUCAGACAAUACACAGUGACCAUUUAUCAUCCUGUGGGAACUUGCAAGAUGGGCCCUUACUGGGAUCCCGAAGCUGUGGUGGAUCCUCAACUGAGAGUGUAUGGCAUAAGAGGUCUGAGAGUCAUAGAUGCCAGCAUUAUGCCUACCUUGGUUAGUGCAAAUACCAAUGCCCCGGUCAUAAUGAUUGCUGAAAAGGGUUCGGAUAUGAUCAAGGAGUUUUGGAUUAAGAAUACAGUGAUCUAA